AGAGUUUGCUAGAUAUGCACACCUUCUGAGUCAACGGCUGCAGAGCCCACAUCAGCACCUUCAACUUGCAGUUGGUUAUCAGCAUCUUCAUCACUACCACAAGCAAAAUCAAGCCAAAGAUGCUGAAGCCAGUUUGGAGGCAUCUCUUUGUACUUUCUGCUGUGCUCAUGAUAUAUGGUACUGGAGUUCACAGCCAGUGCUGGGAAACAAGCAAAUGUAGAGACUUGUCCACAGAAAGUAAUCUCCUGGAAUGCAUCAAGUCUUGCAAAUCUGAUCUUUCAGCUGAAUCUCCAGUUUAUCCUGGCAAUGGACACAUGCAGCCAUUGUCAGAAGAUAUUCGCAAAUAUAUGAUGACUCACUUUCGAUGGGACAAGUUUGGCAGGCGAAACAAUGAAACAGGUAAUAAGCGAGAAGAUGGGUACAAAACUCCUUUACUCAGCAUCAUUCCUGCUUUGGAAUCUCAUAAUAACCUUGACAUGGAAGAGGAUUCUUUAUCGAGGCAAGAUGACAGGCGAUCUUACUCCAUGGAGCACUUCCGUUGGGGUAAACCAGUAGGCAAAAAGAGGAGACCAAUCAAGGUAUACCCAAAUGGCAUGGAGGAUGAAUCAGCUGAAAGCUACUCCCCUGACCUCAGACGUGACAUGCCUAUGGAAUUUGAUUACCCUGAACCUAGUUCUGAGGAGAAGUCAGAAGAGAAUGACAUUAUGAAUCUUCUAGAGAAAAAGGACAGAAACUACAGGAUGCAGCAUUUCCGCUGGAACAGCCCACCUAAAGAUAAACGUUAUGGUGGAUUCAUGAAAUCUUGGGAUGAGAGAAGUCAGAAACCCUUAAUGACACUUUUCAAGAAUGUUAUGAUUAAAGAUGCUUAUGAGAAGAAAGGACAGUAGAAAGAAGAAUAUACGUACAACAUCUAUAUGAUAAAUAUAGCUGAUAGUCUGUUAAACAUUUCAUAUACUUAAUGAUUCAUUAUAACUUAAGUAUGGGUGCUCUGGGUGACAUUUUCUCACAGGGCUUCUUUCUAAGUGUAUAAUAAAUAAAAUAAAAAAAAAUAAAAUAAAAAUCAUGAAGUGUAUAUAAUGGGAAAUGCUUCAACGAGUUAAUAUUUAGUUAUGAUCGAUUGCCACAGAGAUAUUUUCAUAUUUUCUCAGCUGUAAAAAUGUAAAUUACUAAUAUAUUUAAAAAGGCAAAAGAAAUAUACGCUUUUUUUGCAAGCAAUGGAA